AAGAAGCACAUUUCAGAUCACACUUAAGAUUGAUGGUAAACAGCCAGCAACACUACUUCCUGAGUUUAGGGAAGGGGCUUGGUCCCGUGCCUGCGCUCCACGAACGCGCAUCAAAUUAGCAUCGAUGAAGUUUGUGCGAACAUGGCGGAUUUCCUGCCGACCAGAUCCGUGUUAAAAGUUUGUCUACCCGUCUGUCUGUUGAACAACGGCGAGGUGGAACAGCUCCGAAAGUCCAAAGAGAUCGACAGAUGUCUCUCCCGGGAGAAAACAUACGUGAAACGGCUUGUGAAGAUCCUGCUGCUAGGCGCUGGCGAGAGCGGCAAGUCGACUUUCCUCAAACAAAUGCGGAUCAUCCACGGCCAGGACUUCGACCAGCAAGCCCGAGAGGACUUCAGAGCCACAAUUUACAGCAAUGUUAUCAAAGGUAUGCGUGUGUUGGUGGACGCCCGGGAGAAGCUGCACAUCCCGUGGGGUGACCAGGACAACCAGCCGCACGGGGACAGCCUGAUGGCCUUCGACACCCGGUCGGCCAAGAUGGCCAGCGGGCAGCUGGAGACGUCGGUCUUCCUGCAGUACCUGCCGGCCAUCAAGGCUCUGUGGGAAGACUUGGGCAUACAGAACGCCUAUGAUCGCCGCAGAGAGUUUCAGCUGGGUGAGUCAGUGAAGUAUUUCUUGGAUAAUCUGGAUAAGCUUGGCGAGCCGAAUUAUCUCCCCACUCAACAGGACAUCCUGCUUGCCCGUAAACCCACCAAGGGCAUCCACGAGUAUGACUUUGAGAUCAAGAACGUCCCGUUCAAGAUGGUGGAUGUGGGAGGGCAGCGGUCGGAGCGGAGGCGCUGGUUCGAGUGCUUCGACUCGGUCACUUCCAUCCUCUUCCUCGUCUCCUCCUCCGAAUACGACCAGGUGCUGAUGGAGGACAGGCUGACCAACCGGCUGCGUGAAUCGCUCAACAUCUUCGAGACCAUCGUCAACAACCGCGUGUUCAUCAACGUUUCCAUCAUCCUCUUCCUGAACAAGACGGACCUGCUGGAGGAGAAGGUGAAGAGCGUUCCGCUCAAGGACUACUUUCCUGAGUACACCGGGCCGGAGCACAGCCUGCUGGACGUCCAGGCGUUCAUGGUGGAGUGCUUCCGAGCCAAGAGACGCGAUGCCACCGUGAAGCCCCUGUACCACCACUUCACCACAGCCAUCAACACUGAGAACAUCAGGCUGGUGUUCCGGGACGUCAAGGACACCAUCCUCCAUGACAACCUCAAACAGCUUAUGCUCCAAUGACCCCUGUCAACCUGUGAAAGUAGAGGACCUGAACGGGGACAAACCACCCCCUAGUUCCUGACAAGGACUUGGGAGAGACCACCCUCAGAAGAAUCCGAUAGUUGUCAGCAUUCUUCUUCAGCCGUUUUUAUAUUAGUUUUUACUCUCCUGUUUGUCGAGUUGGCCUUCUUGUUAGAUCAGGGUUUGGUAGGGGAACGAGUCAGUAGGACAGGCUGUCUGAGUGUAAAGAAAGACUAGCAGGAAGUAUGGAUGGUGAAUAACGUCUAAUCUUUGCUGCUUUGUCUUGGGGACUCUGGCCUCUGGCCUGAGCACUGCCUUACAGCACAAGACUCAGGGGCUUUUCGACUCACAAGGUGUCGGUGCUGGCGCCAAUGCCAGUGCCUGGCUGUAGAAACAAAACACAACACAAAACAUUUUACAGACCGGGCAUAUGGUCUCUAAACCAGACUUACAACUUUCUGAGCAAAAAAAAAUCCAGGCAUGGUGAAAUAAGUUUAAAAAAAAAAAACCUUGUAAGCCAAUAACAGAGUUUGCAAUAAAAUGCCUCAAGUUUUAUCUGUGCCAGAGUUAAUUCACCAGUAUGUGUCCGAGCACUGAAUUCAUUUAGUCCAAAGUCACUCCAUUCUUUCUGUUGUACUCCAGUGCUGCUUUGUGAGCGUUGUUUCAAAGCCCCUGUAGUUUAUGGAAGGGUUUGUCAACUUGCUGACCAUCUGGAGACUGUACAGUUCUUAUGAUCUCUCAUAUUGCAGCGCCGUUCCUCUCUCUCUCUUCCCGUGCCUGUCGUCACUCUUUCUUGGUUCGAGGUCGAGCAGGUUGAACGUGCCGGCACAGAGCCAGUUUUGCCGGUACAAGGACCAGUUCAUUGAUGGUGAAAGAGAUCACAACAGCUGGAGGAUCUGAUGUGAAAAAUGGCUCCAGCACUGGCACCUUGUCUGUGCAGAAAUCAUAGAAAAGGGCACAUCUGCAAGACUGGACCCACAAUGCCUUUCCAUAUAAUUAAGGAGUCUUAAGGAGACCUAAUCACUGUUUAAAUCCUGCAUUUGUACCUGUGUGUUUCUAUAGAAUUAAAGUCAGUCUUAGCUGCCUUAAACAGAUAAUUAAGAUGCAAGUUUUCAUGCAGGUUGUCCUGUUUGUUUUGUUGUGUUACCUUCAUUGGCACAUGAGGCUGUUAGUUGUGCCAGCAAGUGAACAUGCAGUCCACUGUUUUCUCAGGGUUGAAUCAAAACCAGCAUUAAUGCUGAUGUCAUUGUUGGUGAACUAACUGAAUAUUCUGAAUCUGGGUGGCAGAGCAGUGAGACUCAGUACAGGCCUCAGUACAGUUAGCUGGGCGGUGUCAGGUACUGUAUCCUCGUGGCUUUGGCCCCUGACCUUUUAACCCAGACCCCCCCUCCUCUGUUUGUUUUCAUCAGAUUAGAUGCCUUGUUAAGGGUCAGACCUCCCUUUUUUGCCUGAAUGAUGAAUGUCUUUUUAUAGAUGUACAGAGAUUUGCUCCAGAUUGUCUGACUAUACUGUAACCAACCCAUUGUUAUGGUCAGGUGUAACCUGUCAUGUGAGAAUAUCCAUGCUGGAACUGAGUUGUGACUCCAGGCGUCUCUGAAAUUGCAGUCUUGUCCAGUUUAGAGGUCCCGUUUUAAGAUAUAUAUUUUGAAUUUGUAGGAAAAAAAAUGUAGUUUAAAACAAAAAGCUACUGCAGUUGAAUACAUUUGUCUGCGACUGUAUUAUGUAGGGGCCAAUCUUUGUUAGAGGACAACUUCCAGGCACUGUUUAAAUCUGUGUUUCUGCCAAAUCACCCUGUUCUUUGUUGGGACUGUUCACACAGACGGUGUGCAGUUUGUCUCCAAAAAAACAAAGCUCCUGUGAGCUUCAGUUUGCUUUCAGUUUUUGCUUUUGUCCUGGCUUUGUAUAUACUGUAAUCUGUUGCCAUGUAAAUAAUAUUCAGGUUUAUCUCCACAUAUGUAAAUGGUUGUAGAAAUGGCAUAUUUUUUCCCUCCCAUGCUGAAUGUGUUUCAAAUCACUGCUUUUUCCAAUGAAGAUGACCUUUUGAUGUAGAUGUAUGUGUUUGUGUAAUUUUUUUUUCAUCUUUUUGAAAUUCAUUCCAUUCUCAUGCCACUCUAACCCUAUCAAUAAAAUACAUUUUUCUAAUGAAA